GUUUCCCUUAUUGUUUCUUUCUCUUUUUUUACCAUCAUUUUCUCUCGGUUUUUUUAUUUUUUUUAUAUUCUUAGGGAUGGUUUUUGUAGUGGUUUUCCAUUAAAAUUCUGUUUGGUGUGUUUGAGAAGAAAAAUGAACUAACCCUGCUUUUAGUUUUCUUUUACCUCUUUCUCUUGGUCUUCAGUUUUACACUAAAAGCAAUUUUCAUAGGAUGUUACGAAAGAAGCAUCACUUUACACCUCCCAUGCAAAACGAAAAGAAGAAAGAAGUAGGGUUUUUACAUGCAUAACAAAAAUAAAGGAAUGAUCUCUACUCUUUUGACGUACAUGAUAUGUAGACGGGAUUCUGAGUCUCUUCUUAUGAUGAACAAAGAGCGUUCACAAGAUAGAAGAAGAUUAGUUAUAAGAAACUGAUCUCAUGAAAUCCUUCUUGAAAGAACUGCCACCAUGAACCAUGAUAUGUAUUUCCUGGAUCUCCUUCAGCACUAAUGUUUAACCUGGGUCUUGAAAACUAAUUAAGGACAAAAAUCGAUACUAGAUUUAGGGAGAAUGAUGACAGGAAACGGACAACUAUCAGUUCCUCCAGGUUUCAGAUUCCAUCCAACAGAUGAAGAGCUUCUGUACUAUUAUCUGAGGAAGAAGGUCUCUUAUGAAGCCAUUGACCUAGAUGUUAUCAGGGAGGUGGACCUCAAUAAACUUGAGCCAUGGGAUCUCAGAGAUAAAUGCAAGAUUGGUUCGGGUCCUCAAAAUGAGUGGUAUUUUUUCAGUCACAAGGACAAGAAAUAUCCAACCGGAACCAGAACAAAUCGGGCAACCACGGCAGGUUUUUGGAAAGCAACAGGAAGGGAUAAGGCCAUCCAUAUUAGCAACUCUCAGAGGAUCGGUAUGAGAAAAACCCUAGUCUUCUACACUGGACGUGCUCCUCAUGGUCAAAAGACAGAUUGGAUCAUGCAUGAGUACCGCUUGGACGAUGACAACUCUGAGGUUCAGGAAGAUGGUUGGGUUGUCUGCAGGGUUUUCAAGAAGAAGAAUCAAACCAGAGGUUUCCUACCAGAAGUUUCUCAAGAAGUACACUUCUCUCACAUGAAGGCCAGCGCUUCUUCUUUUCCAUUAGAUCCAAAACAAAACCACUUGCAAUCACUAUAUGAAGACUAUACCCUUGAUGGCGCCUCCAUGCAUCUACCACAGUUAUUUAGUCCAGACUCAGCUGUUGCCCCAUCGUUUGUGUCACCCCUCUCUUUGAACAACAUGAACGACAUUGAGUGCUCGCAGAACUUGUUGAGGUUAACACCGAGUGGUUGUGGAUUUGUGCACCCUGCAGGGAGGUUCAAUGGUGACUGGUCAUUUCUGGACAAGCUUCUUGCUUCUCAUCAAAACCUGGAUCAUCAGCAGCACUAUCAAAACAAAAGGAAUUCAUCAUCCCAAAUUGUUGAUCCUGUGGGUACUUCAACUCAGAAAUUCCCAUUUCAAUACCUUGGCUUCGAGACUGACAUUCUGAGAUUUUCCAAGUAGAGUUGCAACUCCCAUGUCAUUAACCGUGCUGCAUUUUAUCUUCUUAAUUAAACUGGAGGGAGAACGCAUUUUUAUUCAUAUAUAGUAGGGAUGAGGAAUCCAUAUAUUAAUUAUAUAGUUGAAAUUCUGUUCUUGCUAUUUUAAUUAUAAGUUGGUUUUCGAUUAUUAAAAUGUAUAUAAGAUAAUUAAGUUCAAACUAUUAAGAACAAGAUCACUAAUUCAUCUUAUAAUCCUCUCUUUUUUUCUUUCUUU